AUGUCUCACAGUAACAAAGAGUCCUUGCAUUUUUAUAAAUAUCUAAAUCAGAAGAUUGGAUCAGUGGAAGUAGUAAGAGCUAGACGACUGUCAUUUAUAUUUAGUGACCUUGCAUGUUCCGAAAAAGAAACGUAUAUAAUGACUAUUGGAAGUAGGGGAGAAGGUCUUGAUGUUAAAGGUAGUGAUCUUGAUUUAAUGUAUAUCAGUUCUCUUUUUGUAGUAUAUGAACCAGGAAAGAAUGAUGUCAAGGAUCAGAGGUUACAAUUUUUCAUGGACAUUGAGGACACAUCUCCAUGUUUUACACAUCUACGAUUAAAUACUAUGUUUGAUAAUCUAUCAUAUUUCGUUCAACAAAUGAUACAACAACACAGAGGAGAGAACUUUAUUUCGAGUGAGCUUUACAAAUCACAGCUAUUAAAAGAAAACAUUGAUUUUCUUUCGAUGCUUAAUAAUAUUCAUGGUCCUUGCUUAACAGACUGUUCUGGUAAGGGUGAUUUGGCAUUUUGUCUAAAAUGUGAUCAGUGGGUCACUCAAGCAAAAUCAUGGAUCUCUCGGCCACGUUCAACAUGGCCUCCACCUGGACUUAUUUCCAAAAUAACUUCAUAUGGUGUCCUAUUUGUUCCAAUUGGCAAUAAGGGAUCUAUAACUGAACAUCUUCAGUGGCGAAUUUCAUUUUCUGUAGCAGAAAAAAUACUUAUCUAUUCUUUCAGUCAUACACAGUUGCUAUGUUAUGCUUUAUUAAAAAUAUUAGUAAAAGAAAUAAUAGAUAAAAACCAAGUUGUUAAAGGUUUGCUAUGUUCAUACUUUCUGAAAACCCUUUUGUUUUGGAUUUCAGAAGAAACUGAAACAUCAGUUUGGAGACCAGACAAUUUCAUUCCCUGUUUCAUGGCCUGUUUACAAAGGUUAAUAUACUGUAUAGAAUAUUCAACAUUAUUACAUUAUUUCAUUCCUGAUAACAAUUUGUUCUAUUUAAGGUUUAAUAGUAAAAACCAGAACACAUUAAUCAACAUCCUUAAGAAUUCAUAUCAAACAGGAAUUCAGAUUUUUUCUGCAUCAGAGACUAUUCAUGAUUACAGAAGGUUCCCAUGUGAAACUACAAGAUCAGUGUGUGGAAAUAUGACAGUAAUGAAAACGGUAAUGAACCAGCAAGAUUUAUAUUCACCAGUGUCUUUUAUGCCCACUACAAAUUUCAUCAUUUCAUGCAUGUUAUACACUUUGCUGCAUCAUUGUAAAACAGAAUUAUCUAGAUGUAUCUUAACACUUCUUAUUUCAUAUGAAUAUCAAAGAAUACCUCUUAAACUAACGCAUAUAGAUAACCCAAACAAUAAACAACGAUACAAAAUCUACAAACAUAACCUAAGUCAGUUGCUGGUUGGUGUAAAUUCGGAUGCUGUAUCUGGGUGGGCUAUAUUGGCCUUUUUCUUCUACUGUCACAAACAUUAUUUAAAAUCAAAAGAUAUAAUAAAUUACACUUUGACCAAAUUUACAAUUGAAUCAACAUUGUCAAAGAUUACAUUAAGACAUACACAGAAACUGAAGCGUAUGUCAUUGUCGAAAACAAUAACAAAUUCCAAUGUCUUGUUUGCACAAAACUCGUUAUUAAGCCCAGCAGAGCUCAAUACUGAUGUCAUGAAAUAUCCUAUCAUCCUUCAAUCUCUAACAUUUACACAUUUCAUACAUUUUCUAUGUAGUUAUCAUCUCGAAGACUUGGAAUCAUGUAUUCAUUGUGCAAAACAGUUGAAUGCAAUAGUUUUUGAUAACCAGCAACUAGAUCAUACAAAAUAUGCAGGAGAAUUAUUUGUGUUUGACUAUAUUUUAUUUGGAAUAGUUUUACAAAUGUUACGUGUGUUAGGUUAUGGUUGUGAUUUAUUACCAAGUGCACUGUUUCGUCAAGCUGCAGACAUAGAUAAAUUCAACAUAACAAGUGCAGCAUUCAGACUGCAUCAUUCUACAUAA